AGAAACAAAAACAAAAAGAUAAUGAAAUUUCAAUUAAUAAUACAUUUGACUUUCAUAGUUUUGGAACUAACAAAUUAUAUCUGUAAACGAAGAAUAGCGUUGAAUGAUGUUACUUGUUAGACUACCAUAUAGAAUAGCGUUGAAUGAUGUUUCAACUCCCGUCGACUACUAUAUAAACGAAGUAGCCACAAACCAUUUAAAUCACAACACACGCAACAACAAAACACACAAAGAUCAAACAAGGACGUAUGAAAUGGCGGCCCGAGCCACAACAUUCUAUAAUCUCUUACUAACAUCCCUCCAACUCCUCCUAACAUGUCACGUAACAUUCGCCGCCGGAGGAAAAUGGGAUCUCCUCCUCUCCAACGUCGGAAUCUCCGCCAUGCACAUGCAACUCCUAAGCAACGACCGUGUGGUGAUGUUCGACAGAACCAACUUCGGCCCAUCGAACAUCUCUCUCCCUAACGGUAACUGCCGUAGAAACCCACAAGACCCCGUCUCCAAAAUGGACUGCACAGCUCACUCCAUCGAAUACGACGUUGCAUCAAACAAGGUCCGUCCGUUAACUGUACAAUCCAACACAUGGUGCUCCUCCGGUUCGGUUAGACCGGACGGUGUCCUCGUCCAAACCGGUGGAGACCGGGACGGUGAACUAAAAGCGAGAACAUUCUCUCCUUGUGAUGAUAACCAAUGCGACUGGGUUGAAAUAAACAAUGGCUUAGCAAAGAGAAGAUGGUACUCUUCUAACCAUAUUCUCCCCGACGGUAAACAAAUCGUUAUAGGAGGCCGAGGACAAUUCAACUACGAGUUCUUUCCCAAAACGACAUCACCUAACGUUAUAGCGCUGCCGUUUUUGGCUGAGACUAGCGAUAAAGGAGAAGAGAAUAAUCUUUACCCUUACGUUUUUCUCAACACCGAUGGGAGACUAUUCAUAUUUGCUAAUAACCGAGCGAUAUUACUAGACUAUGUUAAAAACACGGUGGUGAAAACUUAUCCGGCGAUUCCUGGCGGUGAUCCUAGGAGCUAUCCUAGCACUGGCUCAGCCGUGUUAUUACCGUUGAAGAAUCUUGAAGCGGACAAGAUCGACGCGGAAGUUCUGGUGUGUGGAGGUGCACCGAAAGGAUCUUUCAUCCUUGCUUCUAGAAAAAGAACGUUCGUGAAAGCGCUUGACACUUGUGCGAGGAUCAAGAUUAACGACGAGAAUCCUCAAUGGAUGGUUGAGAAGAUGCCACGUGCUAGAGUCAUGGGAGACAUGACGCUUUUACCUAACGGAGAUGUGUUGCUUAUCAACGGUGGUUCUGCUGGCUCAGCUGCAUGGGAGCUUGGUCGUGAACCUGUAUUCGUACCGGACAUGUACCAUCCCGAGAAUCCGGUUAACUCUAGGUUUGAGUCGCUUAACCCCAAUACAAUACCGAGAAUGUAUCACUCUACAGCGAUUAUUCUACGUGAUGGGAGAGUUCUUGUCGGAGGAAGUAACCCUCACGCGUUUUACAACUUCACCGGAGUGCUUUUCCCGACAGAGCUAAGCUUGGAAGCUUUCUCUCCGGCUUACCUAGAACCGGAGUUUGCUAAACUUCGGCCAAAGAUUACGUCUCCUAAGUCGCAGUCAACGAUUACGUACGGGAUGAACUUGAAGGUUGAGUUUGAAGUUGCUGGAGAAGUCAAGGGUCCAGUUAAAGUGACUAUGGUGUUUCCAUCGUUCACUUCACAUUCGUUUUCGAUGAACCAGAGGCUUUUGGUUUUGGACAAUGUUAGCGUUAAGAGAACAAGUUCUGUUUUUGGUGUUUUGUUUGGUACGUCGAGGAACUUUGAGGUUCAAGUGAGGACUCCAAGAUCGGCGAUUAUAGCGCCGCCUGGUUAUUAUAUGAUGUUUGUGGUGAAUCAAAACAUUCCAAGUGAAGGUAUUUGGGUAAGGUUACAGUAAUUCAUAUUCAUUUGGCUUCAUUUCUCUGCUCAAGUUGUGUAUGUUUUUUUAAUAAGAAUUUGUCUUCUCGGUUCGAUGAUGGAUAACUAUUUUCCUGACGGAAUACAUAUCAUAGUUUGAUUGGCGUGUAAGAAAUUCAAGACUAGUAGUGCACGAAGAGAUCGAAGUAGUACGUAGAACAAACAUGAACUGAAAAAGAGUGCUUAGUUAACUUUUGUCUCAAUUACAUGAAAGCACGUUCUUGAUUUAAUAUACAACUUGCUAAGAGCACCUCCAAUGGCAAAGAACCUACAUCAAGUUCUUAAUCAUAAAAGCAUUAAUAUUUUGAUAAUGAUUUUAUUUUUUAUU